AAAAAUCCCUAAAUUUUUCCCUAACAUCAUUUAUAGUAAAGCUUGGUGCCGUAUUUUGCCCGAUUUCGUAUACAAAUAAGGGUCGGAUUUUCUUCUCAAUCAAUUAGGUCGUAAAGCGAUAAACGAUGGCCACCCCUAAAUCGGGCAGAAAGAAACCUUUCCCAAAGAUCAGUCUCAGCGUUGAAGAACCACCGAAAAUAGUUCCUCCAGCUAAUUUAGAUAAACGCACCACAAUCACGAUUGGGGAUCGUACAUUCGAUGUUGAAGCCGAUGAUCUGGUGAAAACCGACGAUUUAGGUCGAGGUGCUUAUGGAAUUGUAGAAAAAAUGCGACAUGUUCCGAGUGAUACAAUUAUGGCCGUUAAACGGAUUACCGCCACGGUUAAUACACAAGAACAAAAACGAUUACUUAUGGACUUGGAUAUUUCAAUGAGAAGUAGCGAUUGUCCGUACACCGUGCAAUUUUAUGGGGCACUAUUUCGCGAGGGUGACGUUUGGAUUUGUAUGGAGGUUAUGGACACGAGUUUGGAUAAAUUUUAUGCUAAAGUUUAUAAGAAUAAUAGGAAAAUACCUGAGGAUAUUUUAGGUAAAAUAUCAAUAGCUGUAGUUAGUGCUCUUCAUUACCUUUAUAGUCGUCUUCGAGUGAUUCAUCGAGAUGUAAAACCAUCAAAUAUCUUAAUUAAUCGUAAAGGAGAGGUGAAAAUGUGCGAUUUUGGAAUUAGCGGUUAUCUAGUCGAUUCUAUAGCGAAAACGAUUGAUGCUGGAUGUAAACCAUAUAUGGCUCCCGAGCGGAUUGAUCCACAAGGAAAUCAAUCGAAUUACGAUAUACGUUCAGACGUUUGGAGCUUUGGUAUUUCCCUGAUUGAAUUGGCAACAGGGAAAUUUCCUUACAACCAAUGGGGUACCCCUUUUGAGCAAUUAAAGCAAGUUGUUAAAGAUGAUCCGCCCCGUUUACCCACAGACGGUGGAUUCUCGGCUGAGUUACAAGACUUUAUCGCAAAAUGUCUUCAAAAAAAAUACGUUGACCGGCCUCAUUAUGAAGGACUUUUAAAUCAUCCUUUUUGUUUGGAACAUAAAGAUAAAGAGGUUGACGUUGCUUCUUUCGUGUCAGAAAUACUCGAUUUACCCGAUAACCCGUGAGAUUCGUGCAAUAUUUCUUAAUUUCUUUUUUCAAUUUUAAUUAUUGGCAGAUUUAUUUUAAAUACGUUUAAAAACUAGUCGAGUUUUUUUUUUAAUUUCUUUUUAUUACUUAAGAUUCAUCACAUUAAAUUCAGGUUAAUUUAAUUAAAAAUAAAAUAAGUAAUUAGUAAUAACGAUCGAUAAAUAAACGAGUAAUAAAGAUUAAAUAAUAAAAGUAGAGAAAAAUAUUUUUAUAUAAAUUAACUAAAUAUCUGUACAUGUUAUUUUAAAGCACAAAGAAAAAGUAUGAAUAUAAACUUAACCAAAUUAGAGUUAAAUGCGGAAUGUUAAAGUUAGGUUAAGGUUGAAAAAGUAGAAACUGCCAAUUUUCUUUCUUUUGGAAAUUAAAAGUGAAUCGUUUUAUUUUUUUAAUUGAAAUAUCGCUCAAAAAGUUUAUUAACCGUUAAAGAAUUAAAAAUGAGAAUGUAUUGUAUCAAUAUGUAUCGUAUUAGAAUAUCGCACUAGGAGGAAUUAAUUAUUUCUUUUUUUUCAACAUAAUUAGAAGUCUAUUAUUAUUUCGUGUUUAUUAAGAUAUAA